UGAGCUGGCUCUCAGCCAGUGGCAGAAGCUGAUGGGUGGAACAAACCGGGCAUGAAAAGACUAACGUGACUAACGGAUCUUAGAAUUGUGGUUCCUUAUUUGGAUCUACAGGAAUGUAGACUCUAGCUGUUUUGCAUCUCUUCUGCCUCAGACUGGAUCUGUUACAAAGCAGAAUCCUGCUGCUUUGAGGGGUACGAAAGAACAUGGCCUGCAUUUUGAAGCGCAAGACUAUUAUUCUGGUAGGUACUGUGGCAGCAUUAUUAUUCCUGAUCAUUAUUCGUCUUAAGAAAGAAGUCAGCUUUCCUCUGAUCCUCAACUGUUUUGGUCAAACCAGUGUCAAAUGGAUGCCAUUCUCCUACACUCAAAGACGACCUCUAAGGAUCCACUAUGGAUAUAUUAACGUGAGAACCGAAGAGCCUUUACAUCUGGACUGUGACAUCUGUGCAAUUAUUUCAAACUCAGGACAGAUGGCAGCACAGAAAGUGGGAUACGAGAUUGAUCAGUCAUCAUGUAUAUGGAGGAUGAACAAUGCUCCUACUAAGGGCUAUGAAGAAGAUGUUGGGAAGAGGACAACAAUCCGAGUUGUCUCCCAUACCAGUGUUCCUCUUCUGCUUAAGAACCCUGAAUAUUUUUUCAGGGAAACCAACAGCACAAUCUAUGUCAUCUGGGGACCUUUUCGAAACAUGAGGAAAGAUGGCAAUGGCAUUGUGUACAACAUGUUGAAAAAGACGGUGGACAAUUACCCUGGGGCCAAAAUCUAUAUAACCACAGAAAAGCGCAUGAGUUACUGUGAUGAAGUGUUUAAAAGUGAAACAGGAAAAGACAGAGUCCAGUCUGGAUCCUAUCUCAGCACUGGCUGGUUUACCUUAAUACUGGCUAUGGAUGCUUGCUACAGCAUACACGUCUAUGGGAUGAUAAAUGACACCUACUGCAAGUCAGAAGGCUUUCGAAAGGUUCCUUAUCACUACUAUGAACCAGGAAGAGAUGAAUGUGAUGAGUACUUUCUACAUGAAAAUGCACCCUAUGGAGGCCAUAGGUUUAUUACAGAAAAGAAAGUAUUUGCUGAGUGGGCUAAGAAGCACACUAUAAUAUUUACACAUCCUAACUGGACAUUGUCUUGAUAUUGGAUUUCCCAGCCUUUCACUACUAGCAUAGUACUAUACAUAGGAAAUUCCUCAGUAAACAAUGAUAUGUGCAACUGUCUAGAUCUUCUCAAUGUGGGUAUUUAUAUGAACGAUAAACAAGAUAAAGGAUGGCUCUGCUGUGGGAUAAGGAUAGAGUUACCAAUCUGUGGAAGACAUACAAGAUGCUUAUUAUAUCUCUUAAGGUUGUACAUCACAAAUGCACUUUACUCUUAACUGGAUUUUUAAUUCAAAACAGCAGCAGUUUGGUUUAAAGAUACAGGUUUUAAGGGAUACAGCACACUCUUGUGCAACCAAAACAUUUGGAUUGUUUCGGCUUUCUGUUAUAAUUACUUGAGGUUAGGUUGUAAGUUUUCAUUAUUAAGGUAACUCAGUUUUUGUCUUAAACAUGACCAGACUAAGGACCAGCCCAAUAAUGUGUUGGAUUUUUUAAACUAUAUACAUAACUAAAAACUCAGUGUUCCAGUUCAGACAAACUGCAAAAAAAUCACAAUUUGCUAUUCUGGUUUAGAUGGAAACUGCAAAGUGUAGUUUGUCUGUUUGCAUAUAACAGCAAAUUAUGGUGCAUUGUGAAAGGGAGAAAAUUGGAGCCCAUACAAAAAGGAGAAAGGGAAUGUGCAAGCCAAAGGCUUACUCUUGUGAUGCCAAAGCAUGCACAUCACAUGAAACAGUUAUGCAAAUAAGACAAUUAGAAAUGUGCUAGGAAAGAUCUGUGAACUCCAGAUUGUCUGUACACAUGAAGAUUUUGUAUGUCUAAGGCCCAAGGGUAGUUGAAGUGCUGUGACUGAUGAUCUGCUUUCGUAGCAGUAUUAUUUUGAAAGAUCCAGGUUUUCUGGACAUUGUCUAGUAGUGAUGUGGCACUGAUUAACAUUCACCUAAUUUUUGCCUUCAGUUGCAUUCCCUUUGUGGAACAGCAUUUCUAUAAAUGCUGUUUGAGAUGUUUAAAAAAGACUCUAGUCUUGAAUGUGGAAUUUUAAAAGUCCAGUGUUUCAUACCUCUUAUACAGUUUUGGAAAAUAAAUCCUUUGUUCUUGAACAGUUUGGCUCAACUCUCUGCCUCAGAUUCUCCAUAUUUAAAAAUGGGGAUAACAUCUACCUCACAAGGAUAUUGUAAAAUAAAUAAAUAUGCAUAUUCAGUGCUUUUUAAAUAAAUGAUACUUUGCUUGUAAUUCUUAUAGCUACCCAUGGGCAUUUGGCACACAUUCUUCUGUGCUGGGUUAUUUGAGGAACAUCAAACCAAAAAUGUGAGGUCAGUGCUAUAAUAUGCUGAAUAUCUCCAUUCCUUCACUAUACAUUUUUUAAAAUUCUCACUGACUUAUCCGUUUAAUGGGUAUAACUCUGGAAUGUUAGUACUUGCCCAUUUCUAAUUGAAGUAAAGUAUAAUUUUAUUUAUCUAGCUCAAGGGUCUCCAAACUUUGUUAGCCUGUGGACACACUUGGAACUCUGACUUUGCAUGGUGGGCACAGCAACAAAAUGGCCACAUAAUGAUUGCCACAGCUUAAUUUCAGAAACACAGUACAGAUCCUUGUGGUGUGAUGGCAACAUUUAAAAACAUUUUAAAAAAAAUUUGCCCAGCCCAUCAAAUCUCCAAUUUGAUCUUUCUGGACAAAAAUUCCACUUGGCCCCAUCCACUUCCUAAAAACACUGGUGCCAGAAAAGGUUUUGUUGGGCAGCAUAGUGUCCAUAGGCACCAAGUUGAGGACCCUUGAUCCAGCUGAUAUGGGAAGCAUCUGCAGUGCUAGAUAGCUAUGCUAGUUGUGUUGGUUUAUAUGAGAACCAGGGAAAAAGUGUAAGGUAGAUGAUGAAUCAAAGUUUGAAUAAUGUGGCUUUUACUGUAUGGCACCUCAUUAUGAAAUUAUCUCAGUUACCACAUAAUGAAGGUGACAUAUUCUAUCACUCUGUUCAGCAACAUUCGAAUCCUUUCUCUUGUCUGAAAAACCCUCAUCAAUUUAAAUGGCUUUUCCACUGGAGGAAGAACCACUUCAGUUAGAGGAAGACUUCAAAUUUUGCUUAGUGAUAGGAUACAUGCAGGUAGUUUACAAUCACAGCAAGUGUUUUUAAAAAACUAUCUAAUAUAAGUGAAGUUCCUCAUCAUGUCAAAUGUUGAAUACCUGGAAUAUCAGUCAAAUGUUGAAUACCUGGAAUAUCAGAACUACAACACUGUAAUAAUUAAUACUGUUGAAACUUGAACAGAGGUUAAGUGACUGUUAUGCAUGUGUAAUUGUCAACAAGAAUAUAAACAACCCGAUAUUUUGUACUGCUUUACUGAAUCAUAAAAAUACAAUAGCAAAA